AUGACCUCCACGGCGGAGGUGCCUCUUCCUGCUGAGGCUGCAAUGGGCCCAGACAAUCAUGGCACUGCCACUCCCCUUCGUCUGCCAGUAGAGCUUCUCGAGGUAAUCAUUCCUCUGGCUUGUGGUGUUAGCCCCUCUGCCACACCCCACCACGUCGACGCAAAGGCCGCAGCUCGCAUUGCUCGCGUCUCAAAGCAACUGUAUCGUUAUGCUCUUCCACUGCUCUACACAUGCGUCACGCUAGCGAAACCUUCUCAGGUCCUCUUGUUUGCUCGCACCAUUGUGAAGAAACCCAAAUUGGCCAAGAUGACGAAAACAGUUUGGAUAGGUCCGAACACUGAUACCCUACUAUCGCCAUUCUGGUGGCCUCUCAACACCGAAAGAACUGCAAUGAGAUCGUCGCUUACGGACCCCGACAAGCUUCCCAAGGGUGUUGCGAGCGGAAAGUGGUGGCCGGUCCCGGCAUUACGCGAAUCAGGGGACAACGGCAGUGCCGAACGAUCGGCUGAAGCCGCUGUAGCCAGAUUGAUCAAGGCUGUUUGGCGGAAGAUGGGCGCUACCAUGACAAAGCCUAACAGAUGCAACAGAUGCUCAAGCUAUGGAAGACAUCGAAGCUGUUAUUACGAGGAGGAAGAGUGGCGCCUCAAAGCGUUCGAGGUCCAGCGCUUGCUCGACCAGUACUUGCAAGAAUGGCGCCAGCGUCAAAAUGCAGCUCUCUGGUCCAACGAAGAGUCAGUGGAGGACCCAGCUGUCCCGAAAGCAGCUGGCGAAGAGGACUGGCCCGAUCCGAAGACUUGGUUUUCGGGUGUCGCUUGGGACGACAUUAUUUUCGGUCGUGGUCCAUCUGACCUUUUUGAUCACCCGAGGCUUUACAACCGUUCCGGGGUUGGUAAAUUCUCAGAAGGAGCCAAAGAAUACAAGUUCGCCUUUUCGAAAGAGGGGUGGAAGCGGUACAUCGAUGUCGCCGAAUAUUACACGCUGGAUUCGAUCGACAACCUUCGAUCUCAAACAACUCCUACUGGACUGCUAGAGAUCACAAUUUUUGAGGUUCUCGAAGCCGCUAAAAUCAUACUGAUCAAGUUGCCUCAACUCAGUGCCCUGGCACUAACAGGCUAUGUGCGAGCUGUACUUUCUGGCAGUUUGCCUGCAGGUCCCCAGGGUACUCUUAAGUUGUUGUCGCUGGGACCAUUGGCACAGCCGCCUAGGCGACCUCUCGCAGAACAUCAACAACCUCUACAGAGUGUUGAAGUCAUGCAUGUCCAAAAUGACUGCCUUUCCUCAAGGGAGAUCGAGCUGCUUGACACGUUGCUGCCCAAGCUGAAAAAGAUUCGUUGGAAUUUCUGGGCCCCUCCAGACUGUACCACAGAAGCUGAACCCUUAGAACGCCCAGAAUGCGCACCCCUGAUCCGGAGGCCUGGAAGCAACGACCCAUCCGAGUUCUUGCAGAUGCAAGGAAUUAUGCUUACUUCAACGCUCAUCACGCUGCUUUACGAAACGAUCGUCGUCUGGGCCUUCAACCUAGUGCAGAAGCAAUGGAACGAAGAGGUCGAGAAGAUGCUGCGCAACGACACUCAGCUCUUCCCAGGACUUGUCUUCCCAGACAACGACACGAGCGGCCGAUAA